AAUCCUGCCGGUCGUGUUUGUUUUCAUUUUGAGUAUGACCUGACCUAGACCCAAGUGACAUGACCUCUGAACCUCAAUAAUAAUGGCUGCCAAACUCAGCACGAACUUCAUCAAGUCAUCUUAUUGUAGAUUAUUAUAUUGUCAAGCUUUCGCCAGUGCAACUAGGCUAAAAAACCUGAGAAAUUUAAGCACAGCCGAAACGGCUCAAGAUUCUUCUCAGUUUGAAAAUCCUGAUCCACAUCAGAAGUAUGAUGUUCUUUACCCUGGACACAUCACAACAUCAUUUUUUCAAAAAUCUCUAUUGGCCUUGGGAUCUGGAAUAACAUGUUUGCUGAACCCAGCCAGAGAUGACAUGAUCUGUGCUCUUGGUGAAACUACAGGACCCAUUGCAUUAAGGUAUAUGCAUAAGAAAAUGCUAGCUGAUGCCACAGGAAGGCAAAUCUUAGAAGAAAAGCCACUCAUCACAACAAACACAGUGGAUGUUGACUAUUUAGGUAAACUCCCGGAAGGUACAUUUGGAAAAGAAUACUGGAAAUUCUUAUCUGUAAAUGGAUUCUCCCCUGAUGCAAGACGACCUGUAAACUUUGUCGAUGAUGUUGAUCUAAUGUAUGUGAUGCUGAGGUAUCGACAGUGUCACGAUCUGGUGCACACUUUGCUGGGAAUGCCUCCCAACAUGCUUGGAGAGGUGGCUGUUAAGUGGUUUGAAGCCAUUCAGACUGGUUUACCAAUGUGUAUAACCGCUGCAUUAUUUGGACCCAUAAGAUUAGGACCUAAACACAAGCAAAAGUAUAUGGAGAUAUACCUGCCAUGGGCUAUUCGGUCAGCUUACAACUCCAAGUUUUUAAUGAAUGUUUACUUUGAAAAACACUGGGAACAAGACAUCAGUGACUUUAGAAAAGAGUUAAAUGUGGAGCCAGCACCUGUGCCAUUAGUUAAAACUGGAAAGAAUACGAUGACAAAAUAAAGAUGACAAAAUAAAUAAUAUUAAUAGCUUCAC